GACAGACAUUAUAUUGUUGCGGACAAAGUCAAGGAAGGGGAGCAGAGAGAGCUGGGAGAGGGAACCCUGGCCAACUGGCAAAACACUCCGGGCAGCUGCUCUAUGGUUGACACGUUAUAGAGUCCAAUAUCUCGGGCAUCCUAGUCCGAGACGUGUUUUUUCCUCGUCGUUUCGCCAACUCGCCGGCAGACAUGACUUCCUUGACUCAGAGGAGUUCGGGCCUCGUGCAAAGGCGGACCGAAGCCUCGCGCACCGCCGCUGAGAAAGACCGUCCGUCCGGCCAGGAGGACGACGAGCCCCGGCGGGGAGACGAGCAGGACGACGAUGACACCGGAGACUCCAAAGAAACACGUCUUACGUUGAUGGAAGAAGUGUUGCUAUUAGGACUGAAAGACCGAGAGGGCUACACCUCGUUCUGGAAUGACUGCAUUUCAUCAGGGUUGCGAGGGUGCAUGCUGAUUGAACUAGCUCUGCGAGGACGCCUUCAGCUAGAGGCUUGUGGCAUGAGGAGGAAAGGUCUGCUGGCCAGGAAGGUGAUUUGUAAGUCAGAUGCUCCAACAGGUGAUGUGCUUCUGGAUGAAGCUUUGAAACACAUCAAAGACACUCAACCACCAGAGACCGUCCAGAGUUGGAUUGAACUGCUCAGUGGAGAGACGUGGAACCCCUUGAAGCUUCAUUAUCAGCUUAGGAACGUCCGUGAACGGCUGGCCAAAAACUUGGUGGAAAAAGGCGUCCUCACUACUGAGAAGCAGAACUUCUUGCUUUUUGAUAUGACCACACAUCCCCUGACCAACAACAACAUCAAGCAGCGCCUCAUCAAGAAGGUCCAGGAGGCUGUACUGGACAAGUGGGUGAAUGACCCUCAUCGAAUGGACAAGCGUCUGCUUGCACUCAUCUUCUUAGCCCAUUCCUCUGAUGUCCUGGAAAAUGCCUUCGCUCCACUUCUAGAUGACCAAUAUGACCUGGCCAUGAAGAGAGUGCGACAGCUGCUGGAACUGGAGCCUGAGGGAGAGAGUAUGAAGGCCAACACAAAUGAGCUGUUAUGGGCUGUGGUGGCUGCUUUCACUAAAUGAGGCUACUAUAAAGAGGACAGCAAGCAGUUGUUGCAUUCAAGUGGCAUUUUACUUUGGGGUAGGAUUCAGAGUACUAACCCCAACAUGGUGACUUGACUGACCUUUACUCCUGCCUGGACUUCUGGAAUGGGCUACCCUCUUUUCUCCCUCUUCCCCUCCCCCAUUUCUUUUCCUCCAGUUGAUUGUCCCAGUUGAUCCUUCAUGGCCCUGUUUCUCCCAUGUGUCAUAUAUGUGUUCACUUUUGCUAAAAAAUAAUAAGUCUGAUUCAACUCUGAUUGAAGUGGUUAGUGAUGGGUGAAACAGAAAUCAAGAUGCUGAUUCAUAUCUCCUUUAUUUUCUGUCAGGUUUUUAGAGGUACAGUAUGUAUGUCACAGAUUCCUUAAGAUAACGUUACACAAGAAGCAUCUGUGACGUACAGACCAGUGAUGCUUUAUAAGAAUGAAAGGUUAGCGUAUGAUCUUGAUGAGUCUUCUACCAAAUGUGAUUAAGUGUAUGGAUAUGAUGUACUUGGUGGGAUAGCAUUCUUUGAAUUUCAUAUCUAGUAUUACAAGACAGCUAAUGGGAUCAGAUCCACAAGUCUCCUACCAAGGACAAUGUGCUGCCAUUAUCUGUUAAUUAUUACCUGAUUUCUAUAUUUUUCUCACUUGGUACCGCAUUACUCAACCCAUCCAUCCACCCAUAACAUAUAGCUGGCUGCAGGCAAUUUAGAGUUCACUUGACCUGCUUGUCUUUGGACUAUGGGGGAAAACCCCCACGCAGUUGAAAAAAAAAAAAACAAAUUCUAGACUGAAAGGGCCCAGGUCCAAAGGCUUUUGUGCUUUGAGGCAACAGUGCUAAAAACUGAGCCCCAGUGCCACUCAACAUUCCAUUCUUCCUAACCUUGUUGUGGAAACUCUGGCUUUUCUUUCUUUAAAAAAUUUGUUUUUUUAUGGCACAGCAAGCCUAGACAUGCAUGGAGGCUAUAUACAGCCCAGUAAAGAUGGAGUGCUGACUUAUAUGACCUUUCUAUCAGUUACUUACACUUAAGCCCCACUGAAUGUGUCAAGUCAAAACACAGUUAGUGUCAUUAGACUGACUCAGUUCGGACAUUGUGUAGACAGAUGACUGGCAUAAUGCAAACUUAUGUCAUCCAAAAGUGUAGAAAUGCUGUGAGAGAAAUAAUGGCUAUGAUGGAGGGAUAAGUAAAUUGCUAAAUAUCAAUCAAGCAUUCUAAAAUGAGGAAGAAAAACCAGUUCAUACUGUUGUAAAUGUGCUCUGGCUAGUGUUUUUUUAAUUUAAAAUAAAGUAUACAGUACAUUUCGGUUGUGGACUCUCCAGAUGCACUGUUAAAAUAUGUGCAUGUCUAAUAUAAACCAGGUUAAACUCAGUAACUGUUGAAAGCCUAAAACUUAAUCUAUGUCUAGUGCCACAUUCAUUUCACUUGUAUCUGCUUGAUAAAACAAAUGGCCCUAAAAUGUGUCACUUAUGGGAUUUGAGGUGGUAUCAACAAAAACCAUUGUCUCCUGUUUUAGCAGAUACUCACCAUGGUAAAUCAGCUCUUUGUGUGGAUGGCUGGUCAAAAUGAAAUACUUUAUUGGAAGGAACAAACUCAGGAAAGCAGACCAAGUCAUUGUCAGCUACCUCUGUUAGCAAAUAACAAAUUAAAAUAUUAAGUUUUUUCUACUUAUUAGUAGAUUUGAGAAGUAUAAAAAAAUUAACUAAUCCGUGGGGUUUAAUGCAGGAUUUAUGUAUUCAUGAUGAUUUCCUGUCUAAAUUUGAAUGAGUGACUCGGAUCGGUUAAGUAACAGUAAAGCACCUUCACAUCUUUUCCACAAGACAUUUAGCAAAAUAAACUAAAGAUGAAUAUUUUUCCACCCCCACUCCAGUACAGUGACAGGAAAUGGAGAUGUUUAGUCACUUAAAAGUACUGGAUCAAACAUAAACUUGUACCAGAGCGCCACUGAACCACUUUAAGGUUGUUUUUUUUCUGCAUCUUUACAUACAGAAUUAUAAAAGAUCUGUUUUAAGGAGAUUUGGAGCCUUUUCUUGACCAAAGCUCGCUGUGUGCGGUGACUCCAGGCAGCAUCUCGGACAUCAUCGUUAUGAACCCUGUUUUGCAGCAAGCACAGUUCUUGAUUGGGUGGCUGACCAGCUUGCUUACAGUGUACAAUGUGGAAAUCAGAUGGCUUCAGCUUUUCAGAGGUGCAAUAUGUCCUUUUUAAUGGAGCUAGUCUAGCAAUUUUCCCUGCCUCUAGAUUUUUAUGCUAAGCUAGGCUAAUCUUGUCAUACCUAUCAUAGCAUUAGAAGGACAGAGCUUUAAAUAGAUUUAGGUCUUCUCAUGUAUGUGUGGGCUUGAUGGCAGACAAGUGCAUUUCCUAAACUGUCAGCUUUAAUAUGCAGACAGUCUUAUUGUGCAGUUACUUGUAAGUGCUCUCAAAAUAAAUCCAUUGUAUUCAGUAAACUUGAAAAAUCAGAUGGAUUAUUUAACUCACUCACUAAAAUCUUAUCAGAAGAGUCAAAAGAUGGACCUACAUUCCAGAUGUUAAUGUAUGUAUUUAUAUCAGGAACAGAUUCAAAUGACAUUUGUCAAAAUAGCUUUCCAAAAUCUGUCAUUGUUCAGCUGCACUUUCAAAACAAACAAAACAUUCAGCAAAGCCUUUUCACCAUGAACUGUACCUUGUUCUUAAUUUCAUCUUGCCUCAGUUUAAUGAAUUUUGUUUUCACAUUUGUUGAACUGUUUCUGUUUUAACAUGUUUACUACUCAACCUCAUGGAUCUUGUGAAAGAUGUUGCUUUAUUCUGAUCCUGUAUGUAGCAUAGGGCUAAAAGUGACUGGUCAGUGACUGUGGAUGAAGAGAAGAGGGAUAAAGAGUUUUUUGCUUUGGAAAAUCACCUCAAGUUGCAGAGUAAAUAUGAGAGAUUAUCAAUGUUAUCUAAAUAAAGGGACCUCUAGUCUGUGUACUUUCUUUGACCCUAGAAAAUAAACAAAGAGCUUGGAAGUGCCUAAUCACAUUA